UUGUGGUUAGGUUAUAGGUUAGGUUCUCUAAUCUUGUAAUGAAAUCAUUCCAGGAAUUCAUUUUCGUUCUUUGAAUAUUACUUUUAUGUUCUUAUCUUCUUGAAAAUCAUUUUGUAUCUUGAAGAAGCUUUACCACAAAUAUGUCCCAAACCCAAUUUGAUGAUUCUAUAACGCUUGUAAUUGAAGAUCGAAAAAUUCAAUGUUCAAAAGAACUAUUGAUGUUGAAGAGUGAUUAUUUUCGUGUAAUGUUUUCCCAUAAUUAUAGGGAAUGCAAUGAAAAAAUCAUUACUCUUGAGGGAGUUGAUGGAAAAGCAAUGGAAGAUUUAUUGCAAGUAUUAUUGAACAUGACACAUUAUAGGAAUAUCUCAGAUAUUUGUAAAGUAAUAUUGUUAAGUGAUAUGUUUCUUUUUGACGAUCUCAAAGAAAAGUUAAUCCAAGAAACUACUAAAUCUCUAUCAUUGAAGAACUGCCUUCAAAUUUGGUUGAAACUAGAAUUAAUGCCUACAAUUCCAUUGGUGUGGAAAGCUAAAAGUAAGAGUCUUACUAACUUCAAGCAUUUGAGAAAAUAUAUCAAUGCUUUGAACUUAUCAGAGCUAGUUACUUAUUUAGGUCACAACAAUUUAGUAUGUGAUGGUGAAAUGAAUGUGUUUCAUACUGUAUUAGAAUGGAUUCGUUUCAAUGAUAAAAGUGAAGUAUCUCUUCAAGAAAUUUUAGGUUGUGUUUUGAAUUAUAAAGACAUAUCAAUAUUAGAACUGAAAGAAAUCAAAAGGAACAGUGAAGUAAUGAAAUAUCCAGAUCUUAUGGAAAUUCUAGAUUGUAUAAUAGAAUUGAAAGUGGAGAAAAAUGUUGAACGAGAUAAUAAAUAUUUCGAGAUUGCGUUGUCAUGGCUUAAUUCCCGAGGAAGAUUUUUACCUAAUUAUUUUUGUUUAUUGAGUCAUGAACAAAAACUUUUUUGCCAUGGUCACUCCCGUAAUGAUUAUUUAACUAAAAUAAUUACAUUGGAAUCUAACCAACUUCAUGAUUUAGUGGGUUUUGAAGUACAAGUUUAUAAAAAGAAAAUUUACAUAUUUGGUGGAGAGUUUUCAAUUGGGAAAGGCAUAUGGAAUGAUAGAUUUUGGCAUUGCAAUAUUGAAAGAAAAAAAUUGAAUACGAAAUGUGGAACACCUAUCAAAAGGAGACAUUUCAAAUCUUGUGUUGCGGGAGGUUUUCUUUACAUCAUAGGGGGCACUGGAAAAUAUAGAAUUAGAAAAAACGAUAUGCUUCAUUUCAAUUUCAAAUCAGAGAAAUGGGGAACUGACGUUGUUCAGCUUCCUUGUUGUCCGACAUCAUUGAAAUAUUGCGCUUUCAAUGAAAAGCUUUUUAUCCUGGACUGUCAUUCGAAAUUGGGAUAUUUUUAUGUGAAUGAUAAGAAUAACUGGUUAUCUGUAAAUAUCGCACAUACAGUGAAUCUAGAUGAUGUCUCCUCCCUUUCAAUUUUCUCAUACAGGGGACAUUUAUUUAUGAAAGGAAAAAAAUUGGUUGAGCUAGAAUAUAUUAAUGAUACAUUGCAACCGAUUAAAGUGCACGAUAUACCCAAUUACACAGAUGGAGUUUUAAUUGAAACACUAAAUAGUUAUAAUCGUGUAUAUUCUACUUACGCAGAUCCUAUAACUGGUAUAGUUAGUUUGGAAUACUUGAAUUUAGACGAUUUAACAUCAGUAUUCUUCAAUAGUGUUGGAUUAUUGGACCCCAAUCAACCUUCUGAGACUACACAACUGCUGAAAUAUAAUCCAAAUUUGGAAAUAAAAAUGUUUAUGUGUCAUCAUGACAUACUUGCUUUCCAUGAAGAUAUUUUAGUUGAUGAUUAAAAUACAUUAUUGUUCUUAUAUUUAAAUAUAGUUGAAUGUUAUACUGCAGAUAAAUUUUAUAUGGUUGAAUAUGAAAAAAAAGCUAUGUUUUUUUUUUUCAAUAAUACAUCAACCGAUAGUUUUGAUUGCGUAUGUAUAAUGGUAUGCAAUCAAAACAAAUUACGAAAAUCAAAUCAUGAAGUUUUAUUCAUAUUAUUUCGGUAUGUUACUCUUUAUUGCAAUUGUGAUUUAUAUCGUUUACGUAUUUUCAAACUGCGAAGUCGUCAGGUUUUCGAUGAAAUUAUUUGUUGUUUGAUAAAAUGAAAAAAUGUUUUUUAUUUUUAUAUUUUUGAAUAAAUGAAUUUUAUUUGAA